UUUGCGUUUGCUUUAUUUUUCGUUUUUCUGGGGUGGAAAAAAUUAGGGUUUUUUGGUUCUGUUAAUGGCGACGACGACGACGACGCAGGGGCAGCAAACGGCGAUUGACACGGCGGUUCUUGAUGAUAUAAUCAAGCGACUCACUGAGGUUCGGUUAGCUAGACCGGGAAAGCAAGUCCAGCUCUCGGAAGCUGAGAUCAAACAGCUCUGUACUACAGCUAGAGAUAUUUUUAUGCAGCAACCCAAUUUGCUUGAGCUUGAGGCUCCCAUCAAAAUAUGUGGUGACAUACAUGGGCAAUACAGUGACUUGCUGAGGCUAUUCGAGUACGGUGGUUUCCCUCCUAGUGCCAAUUAUCUAUUUUUGGGGGACUAUGUGGACCGAGGCAAACAGAGUCUUGAAACAAUAUGUCUCUUACUAGCUUACAAGAUCAAAUACCCUGGGAACUUUUUUCUACUAAGGGGAAACCACGAAUGUGCUUCUAUCAAUCGGAUAUAUGGAUUUUAUGAUGAAUGUAAAAGGAGGUUCAAUGUGAGGGUAUGGAAGGUUUUCGCAGAUUGCUUUAAUUGCCUUCCUGUUGCGGCGCUUAUAGAUGACAAAAUAUUGUGUAUGCACGGUGGACUUUCGCCGGAGCUCAACCAUUUGGAUGAGAUUAGAAACUUGCCUCGUCCAACUAUGAUUCCAGACAACGGGCUGCUCUGUGAUUUGCUUUGGUCUGAUCCUGGGAAAGAUGUUAAAGGAUGGGGAAUGAAUGAUAGAGGGGUUUCCUACACCUUUGGUCCUGAUAUAGUCUCUGAGUUUCUUACAAAACAUGAUCUAGACCUUGUGUGCCGUGCCCAUCAGGUCGUGGAGGAUGGCUAUGAGUUCUUUGCUGAUAGACAACUCGUGACGGUGUUUUCAGCUCCUAACUACUGUGGCGAAUUUGAUAAUGCUGGUGCGAUGAUGAGCGUGGACGAGAACCUUAUGUGCUCAUUCCAGAUUUUGAAGCCCGCUGAGAAGAAGACCAAAUUCAUGAUGUCCACAAAGAUAUGAUCCUUUCACUGAGAUGGAGUUGGCUAUGCUUGAGAAAGAAAUCGUUUCAGAGCAUUGAAGAUUUGGCUUUAAAGUGUGUACUGAUGCUGGUUGUGAGAACUCUUGGAAAGGAGCAAGACCUUAGUCUUCUAAUCUUUCUUCCCCAAAUUCACUUUCUGCAUAUUUUUUUUCUUCUUCUUUAAUUGGCCUUUAUAACAUGAUUUUCAUCCGCCUGUUGAAAAGCACAUAGUUGGUGUGUACAUGCAUAUGAUCGUUUCUUCGAUUUUAGGACACCAAAUGAAAUGAUUGAUUGAAAAAUCAAAAGUUAAGUAA